AUGGCUUCACUUCUUUCCCCAGAGAGUACGUAUUCCCUCCUCGCUCGGAGGAUGAUCGAUGCGUUGAUGAUGAUCUCGAUGAACAUCAUCAAGUUCCUCGAAGCGCACGUCUCACAAAUCGUCAAACUUCGCCUGUACGUGCUCCACCAUCUUUCCUUACGGUCCGGAUUACCUCGCGGGACGAUUCUUUUCACCGUGGCGUUGUUCUCGGGAUUACCACUCGGGGUGCUGUUUCGCACGAUUCAAGGUGGAGACAGAAAAGGAUCUCAGUUUCAACGAAAAGCACUGUUAAGUCUUGUCUCGGGAACGAUGAUUUCCUUGAUGACGUUCGGGAAGACAACCGUGCACGCGUUUUACCUUUCAUUGCCGAGUUUAUGUUUACUUAAACUCACGAGCAGCACGAAAGCGGGAGAUUCGAAGACCAAGAGCGAAAGACGAAAACGAAUCGGCGUCGGGUUUGUAACGUUCCUCUGGUCGUUCGGGUACCUGGUGUACAUCCACUACAGCGCGGAUAGCGGCGGCGAGUGGAAACGAGGGAACAUUGACAUCACCGGGUUGUUGAUGGUGCUGUGUUUGAAGACGACGAGUUGCGCGAUGAACUUCGAGGAUUACGAAAUAAAAGACGAGGAGAAAUCGUCUUUUAUGAAAGAACACGAACUCUCCGAAGCGCCAAAGACGCUGGAGUAUUUGGCGUGGUGCAUGUUUCCGUGCACGUUGGUUUCCGGACCGACGUUGGAGUUUAAAACGUUUAGAAUGUGGUUAAGAGAGGAAGGUAUUUUUGACCCGAACUCGCCGAGGAAUAAGUUGACGCACUACGCGAGAGGAUGGCCGAGAACUUGGAUGGUGUUGACGAUGCAAAGAUUUAUAGGCGCGAUGAUAUGUUUGGGUUUGCACUUAUAUUUGGCCAACAUCGUGAGCUUGCAAGAGGUGUUUUCCAACGGAAACGAAUGGGAGAUGAUGUCGUUGUGGGAAAAGUUGAAGACGGUGUACGUAGCGGGCGCGGCGGGGAAGUAUAAGUACUAUUUCGUGUGGAUGUUUGCGGACGCUUCAGCCGCCGCGUGCGGGUUGGCGUAUAACGGGAUCAACGCGGAAAAAUCAAUCACCGGCAGAGAAGGACCGGAAGAGUGGAAUGCGAUGACGAACGUCCAUCCGUUUGGUGUGGAUUUUGCAAACACGUUUGCGGAAAUUCCCGCGCAUUGGAACAUUCGCACCGGGAUUUGGCUCCGACAUUACUGCUACGAUCGCAUCCACCGAUUCCGAGUGCGCAGAAGCGGUGAUAAAAAUCGAAAGGCUGGGUUAGUCGAACUUCUUCUCACGCAAUUAGUCUCCGGCAUCUGGCACGGUCUCAGUGCCGGGUACUGGAUGUUCUUCUCCUCGACGGCGUUGAUCAUUUACUGCGCGCGCAAAACGUACAAAUGGCAACGCGACUACAUGUCUGAACGAUUCGUAAAAUAUUGGAAACUGUUUAGCUUAGCGCAGACGCACCUUGGUUUGCUCUAUUUGACCCCGGCGUUUCAUUUGGUCGAGUUCAAGGAAAGCGUCCGAGCGUGGAAUGGAAUGUAUUGGUUCAUUCACGUCUUGUCCGUCGCGUUGAUAGCGCUGACGAGUUUAAUUCGUCCGCAGAGUUGGAAAGAGAGAAAGAAACAGGAAGCCGCGAAGAAACAGAAGUGA